CCCCCUCCCCCCCCCUCUCUGUCUGCUUUCUUUUUGUUUGUUGCUUGAGAUUUUACAGAAAUGGCUCUUAGCAAAUGGGGUUUCUUUGCUUCUGUCUGAGACCUAAGUUGUUGCUUGCUUCCACUUCUUAGAAUUAGUUUGAACUACUGUUGGGAUAAAGACGAUUAACGCAAUCACAAAGGUCAUUGCAGAGGGAAUUUAAUGACAAUGAAAGUCAAAGAACAUGAAGGAAUUGUCCAUAAUCCAAGUGGGCAGUUGUCAACAGUGCCAUGGUGGACUGCAUUUGGGUCACAAGCUGUUACUGGUGAAUCGUGUGGCCUAUUGAGGGCUUUACCUGUAGAACAGCUUGCCACUGGAGGUGAAGCUGCGACUAAGCAGGCCAGGAUGAGUACUGACCAAAGGCUAGAUAAAAGGAAUAUUACUCAAUUCACUAUAUUUCCAGGUGACUGCAAAACUUCUGGUGACGGACAGAAAAAUCUUCAGGCAGCCAUUUCAUUGCAAACAGCUCUGCCAGAGUAUCGUGCUCAUUUUGACAUGGGAUAUGGUCAGCCUGUGAUUUGCACAAAGUAUCCUCUUGUGGAUCAAUGUUACGGAGUAUUCUCAACUUUUGGACCUCAAAUUUCGGGCCGAAUUAUGCUGCCGAUGAGCAUGACCGCAGAUGAUGGACCUAUAUAUGUAAAUGCUAAGCAGUACCAUGGAAUUAUGAGGCGUAGAAAGUCCCGUGCAAAAGCUGUGCUGGAGAAUAAAUCGACCACCAGUCGUAAGCCCUAUAUGCACUAUUCACGCCAUCUCCAUGCAAUGCGCCGACCAAGGGGAUGUGGUGGCCGUUUCUUGAAUACAAGAGAGUUAAAUGAAGGAAAAGGGACAAUGGAGGCAAAGAAAGCUGGUGAUUUUCAACUUUCUCAGGCAACUGUUUCUCAGAAUUCUGAAGUCCUGGAAUCAGUUGGAGCAACUUUGAACUCCUCAAUGGAAGCAAAUGGUGGUGGAUCGAUUCUCUCAGGGUCAGAAGUGACUAGCAUGUACAAUAGGGGAGAACUUGACCUCCUUCAGAUCAAUCAUCUUGGGCCGACUUUCCAUAGUUUCUCAGGCAUGAUGGACAGAAGGCAUGGCAUUGUUAUGCCAAGUAAGUGGGUUGCAGCAGCUGACAACUGCUGCAACUUAAAAUAGCAAGGGAACAAAAAUCGGGUUGGUGCUUGUUCCUUGAACUAGACCAGACCCCACCCUUGCAGGAACCUGCAACCUAAUUAUGGCUUGAAGUUGGACUUCACCAUUGGUUGUUAGGGCAAGUCGUUCUUGGCUCUAGUGCAUUAAUGUCAUCUAUUGCAUUCCAUACAACCUUGCUGUCAUGGGAUGGUUAGAGGUGCUAAAUCCUUAAUGCAUUGUAAAUAUUUUAGCUAAUGGACAAGAUAAUAAACGUGUGUAAAGGCUACCCUAAAUUAUGUUGAAGAAUGAUUCAUGCUCUUGGGCUUGCUAUCUACUCCAUGGAUUCCUAAUUGUAAGAAAUAACUAUGUAUUUGUGUUGUCUUAAAUAUUUCUAUUAUUAUAAAUUUCAUCCCAUUUUAUAUCUGCAAA